CUGGAAGCCAGGUUAGUGCUUGAAUUUUGUGUCUGAAAAAUGAAUAUCAACACUCUUCAGGUUUAUGAAGAUGAAAUCCAGUCUUUGGAAAAAGAAAUUAAGAUGUUAACAGAAGAAUAUGAAUGUAAUCAAUAUGGGUCUUUCACUUAUUCAGACGGGAAGGCAAAGCAAGCCAUGAAAACAAUUAAAAGAAAAUUCAAAGAAGACCCCAAGCAAUAUUACUCUUCUCCAGACCUGAAAACUCAGCUUGCUUUACUGGAAUCGGACUUCUCAUUCUUGAUGAAUUUUACAGGCAUCUGGUUCAAAAAUUAUUCUAGGAAACUGCUGGAGAAAAGUGAAAUUAAGACUGUAUACAAAUGUAGGCUAUCAGGAAAUUGCCAGUCAGUGCCCUUUCAGUUGGAAUUCAGGCUCAUGGAGGAAAAUCAGAGUAACAAAAAUGGUUAUGCUGCGGUUACUGAUCUUAACAUUAUAAUAGAAUCUGAGGAGUCUUCUGAUUUAAACAUGCUUGUAUCCAGAGUUGAAGAGAGUGGAAAUCUUUUGCUGUUUUUCAAAAGCCUCUCCUGUUUUUCUGAGUGGUGUGAAUAUCGGAAAUGUACUCUAUCCCAUUUCAAGAACAAGUAUCCUAACAUUGUAGCACUACCUGAAGGGUUAUUUGGAGACUGCAUGAUUUUGAAGAACACUGAACUUCCAGGAUUUGAGCUAAUGAUUGUUUGGAAGAUACAUGUAGACAAAGAUGGAAAAGUUGUGCCAGUUCUGGAUUUCCUGAGUAAGAUCCCAAUGCCAGUUCUGGAAAACAAGACGUUUGCAUCAGAUAUGCCGCACUGGUUCAGAAGCUUGCUGCAUGUACUUGGGAUAGAGGCUUCCAUUGAAGCUGUGAUCAAGUCACUUUGCAGGGGUAAAUGAAUACUGGGAUAAUGACAAGUUAUGCA